GAGCGGGGGCAGGGGCGGCACCGGGCGGCAGCCCCACGGCGGGGACGGGGACGGGUAGCGGGGGGGGUGACAUUGAGGGGCCCCACGCCGCGCUGCGGGCUGCGGGCAGCGCAAUGUGGGGCCGCGCCGACAGGGCUGUUAAACUGCUGGAAAGAAAAAUUCCCUCAAUUCUGAGGUUGACUAGAGGAGUAGAUCUGAAUAUAAACAGAAGGCUUUGCAGCAAACCCCUCAAGGAAAGUCCACCUCAGCCAAGAAGUCGGUCUGCCUUAAGGGUACCUGGACACAAGCCUACAGACUGGGAGAAAAAAUGUUUGUUGUGGGCAGGCCAUUUCAAAAAACCAGAGGAUAUACCAGAGACUGUCUCGAUUGAAGCAAUCAGAGCAGCACAGACCACACUGCGCGUGAAGGUCAGCUAUGUAAUGAUUGCCUUGACUAUACUGGGAUGCAUAGCGAUGGUGAUUAGAGGGAAGCAGGCCAUAAAAAGGCAUGAAACGCUUACAAGCAUAAACUUGGAGAAGAAAGCUCAAUGGAAAGAAGAAGCUACUCAGAGUACAUCUGCUAAACCGUAGAGGAAGAAAUGAAGAAACCAAGGAUGGGGGAAGAAAAGCCUGAAGUCCUCCUCAGCACUGGGAGGAGGAUAUAGUCACAUCUUUCUUGUAGGUUCUGUACUCUUGUGUAUAAGAAUGAAUACCUGUGAUCAUUAAAAACAGAAACAUC